AUGCUGCGCGCCGUUGCCACCGCCGUGGCUGCUCCUGGCACUGGCUCGUCCACCCACGACAACCACCAUCCCCUGGAGGAGGGGCGGGGGGAAGUGAACGACAUAAGCGCGAGUCCAGGGAGGCAGGUGCCCGUCAACCAGUUGCGCCCGAAGGAGCCUCCCCCUGUGGUCUUCCAGACGGACUUCAGGAAGGUCAGCGGGAUCACGGGCGAGAUAUUCCGGCAGAUCGAAGCUGUCGAGAAUGACCACGACGCGUCGACGGCGUCGGCCCUCGAGGCGGUCGAGAGGCACGGCGAGAUGGUGGUCAGGAUCGUCGAGCCCCGACAUCUUGGCAGGCACGUGUCCGAGGCUGCGAAAAAGUUCAUCGCCUCGCAGGACCCCAAGAUGCCGAUCCAGUUUGUCGAGAUCAUCAAGAGGCCUGGCCAGACUCUGGGGCUGUACAUUCGGGAGGGUAACGGCGCGGACAGGUCCGACGGAGUCUUCAUCUCUAGGAUUGCCGAGCAGACCGCAGUUUUUAGCAGCGGUGUUCUCAAGGUGAUGGACGAGAUCCUGGCGGUCAACCUGGUGGACGUGACGCACAUGAGCCUCGACGACGUGGUGAUAAUAAUGUCGAUACCGAGGCGGCUCGUGCUCGCCAUCAGGCACGGGCCCAUCAACCAGAUAAUCCCGAUGAACCGGGUUAACGAGCACAAGGGGCCCCCCGUGGUCGUGAUAAAGAAGGAGCUCGACGACGAGGACAGCAGCGAGCACAUGGGCAAUUGCCGGGGCUCGCAGCAGCUGAGGGACACGGCGAGCCGGAGGCGCGGCGACGGCCGGGAGAUGCUGCCCUCGCGCUCCAAGCUCGGGCUUUCGGGGCUCGGCUCGAGCCAGGACAUCGCGGCCAGCAACGGCGACCUUUACUACAACUCGAGGCCCGAGAACCACAUCGGCUGGACGUACCAGCCACCCCCGCCGCCCGUCAUCACUCAGCAGCCCAAGCCGGGGUCGACGCAACACUUCCAGCCGUACGAGCGCGGCUACCCCAAGACCCUCGAGAGCCUCGCCGAGAAGGAUUUCACGAAGGUCCACUCGUUUUACCCGCCGACGAUGGCGUCCAAUGGCACGCGUCGCAUGUCCGCCGGCCCCGGCAUGCAGACAGCCACGCUCGGCCGGCACUACGGCACCUCCACGGCUUACGGGUCCCACUCGGCGUCCCCCGCCCCGAGCCGCAUGAUGCCCCGAAGUGGCUCCGACCAACACCUACCCCGAGUCGACUACACCAGCAUCACGACCCCGGCCAGGCACACGCUCCUGCGCUCGAGUCUCAAAACCGGCUCGUCGGGGCUGCGGUACGGCAGCCGGUACGCGACCCAGAGCGACGCCCUGGUCACGGCUGCGGCGGUGGCGGCGGCCCAGCGCCAAGCUCAGUUUGGCACGCUGUCGAGGCGGGCGCACCGGCCCUCCUUGGACUACGCCUCCGACACCGAGGCCACGUGCUCGAGCUCGCCGCGCUCGGCGUAUUACUACUACAGGCAAAACCUUGGCAAUCCGGCCCAGAGCAGCGCCGUGUCGCACUUGGCCACCCUGUCGCGCUCCCAGAUCGGACAGAGCACAGGGCUGAGAUCGAACUCGCUGCCGCGAAGCAGCGGCCGGACGUUGCCGCAGCAGCCGAGCCUCAGGCCGGGCCUUAGCACCGUAGCCUCGGGUCUGAUCGACCAGGAGGACAGCGACGGAGCCCUCUCGGCUCCCGAAUUACCCGCCAUGCGACGGGAUCGAGGUAGGAUACCAUCGUCGCCGAGCAUCUUCACGUCGGACGAGUACCGGGCCUGGUUGAGCCGAACCCCGAGCACGUCCGCCCUCUACGAGCAGAUACGAUCUACGGCCAAUCGACCGCCCCGCUACACCUACAGCGCCGAGAACAUCCACGCGGCCGUGAACCAGGCCGACUACGGUGGGUACGGUUCGUACCGGCCAAUGGCGAGCAGCACGCUGGACAGGCUGACGACGAGGUCCGCCUCCGCCCAGCAGGUGAACCUGGCUAACCUCCGCGCCAGUACGGCCAUAAGCUCGUCGAGCGCCCACAGAGCGGGCUCGGGUGCGGGGACCCUCGGGGCCCGACCCUCCUCCGUGGCCUCGAACGUGAGGUCGUCGCUCGUCACCCAGAAAGCCGGGCUCACCGGUGGACCGGCCAGCCAGCGCGCCAACAACGUCCGCCGGAUGCGCAACAUCCUCGACCUCGAGCAGCAGGCUCGCAGCAUACCCACGCCCACGCCCACCCGGGCCAUGGACCAGAGACUCCUGGACAUCAAUCCUGCCGAGUUCCUCAAGUACAAGCUGGAAAAGCCGCAGCAGCAGCAGGUGGGCACCCCGAGUUCGACGAGCUCUCUCCUGAGCUCGAUAGCGGACGGCAGCGGGGUAGGCGGCAACUCGGCACCCAGUGACUUCUCCACCGGCGUGAGCGGCCUCUUAUGGGUGCACCUACUCGCGGGCCGGGGUCUGCGCGCGACGACCGCCUCGAGCUCCACGGCCACAACCCCCUCGACACCCUCGGGCCAACCAAGCCUCGUCAACUGCAGCCUGCGCGACCUCUACUGCGUCCUCGAGUGCGACCGGGUGCACAAGGCGCGCACGGUCGUGCGCACGGGCGACCUCAUGUUCGACUGGGACGAGAGCUUCGAGCUCGACCUCGUGGGCAACCGGCAGCUGGACCUCCUCGUCUACUCGUGGGAUCCCCAGUACAGGCACAAGCUCUGCUACAAGGGCUCGGUACACCUGGCCACUUUGCUCAGGGAAUCACCCAUUCACCAGCUCGCCGUCAAGGUCGAGCCUCGGGGCACCAUAUACCUCAGGCUCAAGUACACCGACGCCGGCCAAACUUUCCGCAGGCGGGGACUGCCCAUCAUAUCCCUCGCCACGAGGAUAGCGCCCCUCUUUGGCAUAGACCUCGACACUGUUGUGGCUCGGGAGAGCAAAACUGGCGGGGUUCCAGGAGGUGUGUCGACAGCUCUGGCGAUGGGUGGCAGCGGCGUGCCCAACGUCCCGAUAAUCGUUUGGCGCUGCGUCGAGGAGGUCGAAAGACGCGGCCUCGACAUAAUUGGCUUGUACAGGUUGUGCGGAUCCGCGACCAAGAAGCGCAUACUGAGGGAGGCCUUCGAGAGGAACGCAAGAUCGGUCGACCUGUCCUCCGACAACGUGCCGGACAUCAACGUCAUAACUGGUGUGUUGAAGGAUUACUUGAGGGAACUACCGGAACCACUGUUCACCAAGUGCCUCUACCAGAUGAUGGUCGACGCGCUCGGGGUGUGCAUACCGGACGACCUGCAGGGCAAUGCAAAGUUAAUGUUCAGCAUACUCGACUGUCUUCCCACUGUUAAUAAGUGCACGUUGAUCUAUCUGCUCGACCAUCUGGCAAUGGUGAUAUCGCAGUGCAACAAGAUGUCGCCGGGUAGCCUGGCCAUAUGUUUCGGUCCUGUGCUGAUGCUCCACUCGGACGACUCGGGGACUCCCCUGGACUUCCAGCAGCCGAUCGCCGUGCUCAAGUACCUACUCGAGAUCUGGCCCGUCAAGUCAGUUCGGAAGAUUUCUUCAAUCGGUUCAACGCUUCCACGAGUUACCUCGCUCGGCAGUACCAGCAACAGUGCUUCGCACCAUCCUGUCCAGGUGUCAACUGCCUCUCAGCUGUUGCACCACCAUCAGCAGCAAUUGCAGCAGCAUCAUCCAACUGUAUCAAUGCAACAGCAGCCGAGUCAGCAGCCAAUUCAGCAGCAGCAGCCAUCGCCGCAGCAGCAGCCGCAGCAGCAGCCAACCCUGGCAUCCCGCCAAGCGCAGCAGCAGCAGUCGCAGCAGCAGCCGGCAACCUUGCCUCGAACAGGGCUGCCCUGGCAGCAGCCACCCUCACUUCAUCAUCAUCAGCAGCAGCAGCAAACAGCCUCAACCAUUACAACUACCUCGGCCACUCGCCCGUAUAUACUCCCGACUGCUACCCCAGCCCACCAACAGCUCAUCACAACUCAUUCGUCGUCCCGGCCUCAUCCGCCACCGCCGCCGCCACCAAUCAAGCCGCGUCAGGUUUGUCUUUCGAAGAAAAAGAACAUACCAAUAGCACUACUAAAAACACAAAAUUUUGCUCUCAAAACAAUGCCAGAACAGUAA